AUGUCAUCCCUUACGCCUACCGCUUCAACCUCAUUUUCGCCUUCAUCUGCAACUCCAUUUGCGACUCUGUAUCCCAAUGCAGAUGUCCACACCGUCGACCUUGUUGUUGUCGGUGGCGGAGGGUCAGGGGCGAACGCGGCCGUUCACUUCCACGAUGCGGGCCUGUCGCUUCUUCUCGUGGAAAAGGAGGAUCGACUAGGCGGAAUGGUCGAUAGCUGGACCAAUCCCGCCACAGGCACUGUUUAUGACUUCGGCGUGGCCGCGUAUACCAAUUACACCGGGACCGUCGAGUUCUUCAACCGACUGGAUAUUGCGUAUACCGAGUAUGCUGCAUCCACAGAGACCGCGUACUAUGCAGACUUCACCACGGGGGAGACGGUGGAUUACCUCGCUCCCAACGUCACAGGCGAGGUCCGCGCGCUGGAGGAGUUCUAUAAUAUCACCAGUCUGUAUGAGGAUUUGUUCCUGCCUUCGUACGCCAACUGGCCAACCCCGGAGGAUAUCCCAGACGACCUGUUAAUGCCGUUUCGCGAGUUCGUUAUCAAGUACGACCUGGAUGAUAUGAUCUUGCUGAUGUGGGCUGAAAUCGGAGCUGGCCUCGCCGACAUGCUGGACACACCCACCCUGUACGUUUUGCAGACGUUUGGCCCCCAGACCGCCGCGGCGUUCAUGGGCACAGACCCCGAGUAUGUUCCGGUGUCUGGGCGCAAUCAGGAUAUCUAUGACGCGGUUGCGGAUCUGCUUGGAGAGUCCGUCUUGCUGAACAGCAUGGUUGUUGCGUCAAUCCGUCGUGCUGAUGGCGUGGAGCUGCUGGUCGAGAACCGGAUCAAUGGGACAUACAGCGUUAUCGUUGCCAAGCAACUGGUGAUGGCGAUUGAGCCCACGGCGACCAAUAUGGCGGCCUUUGAUCUUGAUAAGCAAGAGUCCGAUAUCUUCGACGUGUGUACAUGGAGCGUGGUCAACACAGGUAUUGUUUCGCAUCCCUCACUGCCUCACGGAAUGAUCUAUAAUUUGCCCGGCAAUGCUUCCUCCGCUGCUCUUUCUCUUCCGGAGCCUCCUUUUGUCGACUACUUUUCAUAUCUCGGCGAGGACCUCUGGCAAGUCAUUGUUGUUGGCUGGCUGGGCAUCACUACAGACGCCGCACAAGAACUAGCUAACUCGGCCCUGCACGCCCUGUCUGCCGCCGGCACGAUCUCAGCGACGAACGGGACAAACCUGACGAUCCGGGCGUGGUCGGACCAUGGUGCAAUGGAUAUGCGGACGUCAGCAGACAAUGUCCGCGAGGGUUUCAUCCAGCGACAGACAGCGCUUCAGGGGCACCGGUCGACGUAUUGGACGGGUGCAGCGUUUGCAAACCAGCUGUCGACGUAUCUGUGGGCGUAUAAUCUUGAAUACCUGGUUCCGCUGGUGCUGAGCAAUUAGGAUUUUAUAAUACUAGGUGCUGUGCCGGUAUUGGCUGAGAAGAGUUCAAGAUUCGGUAUCUACAUGACCUGACCAUAGC